AUGGCUAUAUUACUAGUACUAUUCACUAUUUUCGCUCAAGGAGCUUCAGCUCCUGUAGGUGGCGACGAAGAAAUGAAAGGAAAAUUGAUCCACCCCGGAAGUUCGGAUACAUUUGAGAAUCGAAAACUUGUGAAAGAAAUGCUCGAAGCGUUAAAUAUUCGCACACAAAAGCUUCAUCGAGCAGGUCAAGGCAGUGGUCCACAAACAACAAUGCAGCCUAGGCCAGAUCUUGGGCCAAAAAACAAUUUCACUAAACCUAUGUCUAUAACGAAUCAAGAGAUUGCUGAGUGGAUGUACGAGGGAGAUAUUGUGCUUACUCCAAGUCAAGCAAAGUUUAUCGUCACCGGCGUAAAUGAUAAGAAUACAACACGCUCGAAGAGGGCAUGCAUAACAGAUCCUUCUGAAUUUUGGGACCCUUUGACUCCGAUACCGUAUACGUUCGAUAGCUCUUUGACUAGCGAUGUCGUUGCUCUCAUUCGCCAAGGCAUACAGUACUGGACAUCGAACACGUGCAUGAGUUUCACGCUUGGAACCGUUACCCACGAGAUUGGUCAUGCUCUAGGUUUCUUUCAUACUCAAUCUCGUUACGAUCGUGACAGUUGGGUCUACGUUGACCUGAACAACGUGCCACAAAAUCUUCAAUACAAUUUUGCAAAGAUGACGCCGGCUACAGAAAACCACUUUGGCCAACCUUAUGACUUCGGAAGUGUAAUGCAGUACGAUCCGUAUGCGUUCGCUGAAGACCCAAAUCAGUACACGGUAACAGCAAUAAAUAUGGCCUAUCAGAACUCUAUGGGACAACGAGAAGCGCCUGCGUUCUCGGAUGUUCGCAUGAUGAACUGGCUAUACAACUGCUCCAGUUUCUGUAUGGGAGUACCUGUGCCUCCUUGUCGCCAACCUGGCUACCAAGAUCCUCGAAAUUGUUAUUCAUGUAAAUGUCCCCGAGCAUUCGGUGGACAAUACUGUGAGCAACUAGCAGACGGCUCAGCACCGAACUGUAACGGUGCAGUUGUACAGCUACGAGCUGGUUUGGACGCAACUAAACUCCAAGUACUUCAAAAUGUGCAAACACGUAAACUAUAUCAGGCAACUUCCUCUUCAUGGUCGACACUCAACGGUGUUGCUGGGGAUCCGAACAGUUAUACUCCGGAAACAGAUACUACGGACUGUUAUUGGCAUAUCACUGCACCAGCUGGACGUAGAAUUCAACUACGUUUGAGCACACCGCCAAGUAAUUGCAUGCAAGGGUGCCCAUGGCAAGGAAUUGAGGUCAACCUCGGAAAAUUCGAUCUCUACGGAAUGAUAAUGUGCUGCCAAUCUAGCCAGACAUACACUUCAGUGAGCAAUUUGGUUACUAUUCGUGGUAUAGUCCGCUACAAUCAACUCACCUUCGGCCUCGACUAUCGUGUUGUUUGA